AGGCUAUGGAACUGUGCUCGCACCGCAAAGGUGUCUGCGGUCCCGUUUACUUUUUUAUUCCCCCACGGUGCAUAGGCACUCAAUGAAUACAGACAUAAACGUAUUGAAUUACUACUUUCCCACCCAGUUACACUGCACUAGUUUUACAAUAACCCACUAACUUAACAUAAUUAUCCCCUUUCUAUGCUAUUUAACUUUCAACCUUAUCCCGUUGGACUUAAGUCUAAGAGAACUGCAAACUUGAUCUAGGGAAACAUUUGAUCGAUCAAUGUCCCUUCUAUUGAUUACUAAGUUCUAUUUAGUUCUUAUUUUCAAUGUUGUAAGGUUGUGAAUCGCAUUGUUUAUCUGUUUACUUUAUCUGCCCACUAUCGGAUGUCAGUUGAAGAUAACGGAUGAGGUUCACUGUGCAGUGUGCGUGUCACUCACUUUGAUAACUGUGUCAGCCGCGAGUCGCGCGCCGAUCGUAGUCGCGUGCGCACGUCUGCGUAGACGGCGGUUAUUUUUCGUAAAUUCGAAAUUCGAAUUUCGUAGUACGUACGUAGUAUUAACGCGAUUACAGAUAUUUCUUACUGUGUGUCUAAGAUAAAAUAUGUGUUUAUAAGUGAUCGUAAAACUAAGCUUUGAAUGUUAAAGUGACGAACAAAGAAUCCAUCAAUAACAAAGUUUCUUAACAGUGACAGUGACCGUGAUCGAUUGUGAUAAACGAAACCCGAACAUUCCAAGAUGCGGCGGAUGAAGAUGAACAUUGAUCCAGAUCUUGGAGAUCUGGAGGAGAUGCUGGCUCACGUCCAGACACAACUAGAACACGAGAUUGACAUGGAGAAAGAAGCUAAAAUGCCAUCCCUGGUCAAUAUCCAAGAAUCACCAAAAAUGGUGAAGAGGACCUCGUCUUUCAACAGAACAGAUUCGUUCGACUAUCGGAAGCCAGCACCAAGGCCUCCCCCAGCCAGAACUGACUCUGGAAGUCGAUCCUUGAAUGGAAAUUAUGGGGAUUAUCGAAAUGGAAACGAAUCUGAAGAACAGUAUUCCCAACCACAGAUCAAUGGGAAGUUUAAGGGUUCUCAAACCAGUUUGAAGUCUGAUGAAGGAUCCCAAGUCUCCUUUCAGUCGUUUCGUUCAGAGCCUGUGUCUCGGCAUUCGGUGAUGAGCUUGCAGGAAAAGCGAGGAUCCUUUGCCUCCUUAAAUGGGAGAUCGAAGACUGCUACUCUUCCACGAGGAUACGGUUCCACGAAGGAGAAGAAUUGGGAGGAAUAUUGGGCCUUCGAACAAUCAAUAAGCAGCGCCCGGGCCUCCGUGAUGGUGUACGACGACGGGCUGAAGCGCUGGGUCCCCUCGGGCUCCAGCUCCGGCCUGUCCAAGGUGCACAUCUACCAUCACACCCAGCACAACACCUUCAGAGUCGUCGGACGGAAGCUUAAUGAUCAUGAGGUGGUGAUAAACUGUGGGAUAGUCCGUGGUCUGAAGUACAACCAGGCGACCGCCACCUUCCACCAGUGGAGGGAUGCGCGGCACGUAUACGGCCUCAACUUCUCCUGUAGAGAAGAUGCCGACAGCUUCGCGAGAGCCAUGAUGCAUACCUUGGAGAUCCUGGCGAACAAACCGGCGACGAACAAUGCGCCGGCGCCGCCGCAGCCGCCCAACCCGCCGGUGCCGUACAACGGGCACAACAACGCCCACACCUACGACGAAGACAUGGGGUACAGAACAAUGACACGCGAAGACGCCGCCAUCUUCCAGCAGCCCCAGUACCACGCCCCCCACAACCAGCAGCACCCACAACACCCGCAGUACCACGCCGCGCCCAGCCAGUACCACGCGCCGCAUCAUCAUCAUCAGCAGCCCCAGCAGCCGACGCCCCCGGCGCCGCCGCCGCACGGCGUGCACCACACGCUGCCGCACCAGCCCAGCCAGCCCACGCCCGGACACCAUCGCACCAACAGUGCUCCGAUGCCCCCCAACAUGACGCUGUCGGCCGCGGCGACCGGAGCGCCCGCGCCGCCGCCCGUACCGCCGCAUCAAAACCUGCCGCCUCCUGCUAACGGCCCCCUAGCACCCCCAACGCCACCAGCGGCCCCGCAACCACCACCAAUGCAGAGUCAAGCGCCGCAAGUGGUGUCGUCGGGUCCCCCGCCGCCGCCGCCGCCCCCCAGCGCGGGCGGCCUCCAGAACAACGGGCCCCCCACCGCCGGCCCGCCUGUGACGUCAUCGGCCCCCGUGACGUCACCGCCGCCCCCUCCCCCGCCACCGGCGCCUGCGCCGCCCCCCGACGUGUCUGGUUUAGCUGCGCAGUUGCAGCAGGCUAGGCUUAAGAGACAAGCCAAGCAAACAAACGGCCAGUCAAGCGGUCAAACAAGCGCGGAGGCGGCGUCUCCCCCCGGCGGGGCGGAGCACUCGGGCUCCUCGUCCUCGUCCGGGGGCUCCGGCCGGCCCGCCGCCACGCUCUCCUGCAUGAUGAACGAGAUGGCGAGGACGCUGGCGCGGAGACGGGCGCAUCUUGAUAGGGCUGAGGAGUCGUCAGCAGACAACUCUGUGAACUCGACCCCGAUGAAGACGUGGGAGCGGUCGGCGACGCUGCCGCACCGCCUGCCCGCCGCAUGUAAUGGGAAUGCUACUAAUUCGGAGACGAUUGCCCAACAACAGCCGCAGUCGCCGCGGUCUGUACGCAAGAGGUUCGGCUCUGCUAGCGAGGAAACUAUACUUAAGCAAGUGAACGGCGGCAACGAGGGCGGGUGCGUGUCGGCGGCGGAGUGGGACGCCUUCAAGCAGGAGAUGAUGCGCGAGAUGAGGCAGCAACUCAACCAGAUCAAGAAGGAAAUAUUAGACGCAAUGAAGGCGGAGUUUGCGCGCAGGUAAGGUCGCGUGGCGCGCCGAGUGAUGCUAGUCCCCGACGCCGAAUGAACACAUAUUUUAUUGCAACAUUACUCCAUUUUAACCGACAUUCGACGAGAGAUUAUAUACUUACUUCUAUUAUUCGUAUUAGGACUUAUAAUGGGAUAUUUAUCAUAGCAAAAGAAACAUUUGUUUAUUGACAGAAAAUAACAUUUUAC